AUGGCAUCACCGCGUCUUGCUGUUUCGACUUUGAGUCACCGAUGUAUAUCGCCAAAGAUAGUCAAAAAUUUAUUGAGUCCCAGACAAUGUCGUAGUCCGCAAAAAAUAGAGAAAGAUUCACUGAGUCCACGCAAUGAAAACGAUGUCAGGAUAGCUAUUAAAAAUCGAAUUGUACCAUUUAAUAUAGAUACACCGAAUCGUAAAAAAAUAGUAAAUGAUGAUUUAUCGAAUGAAAAAAAAAUUUUACUUGGUUGCGGUGGUUUUGGAACUGUUUAUAAAGCAACGUAUAGAGGUAAUCAAGUGGCUGUUAAAAUAAUGAAACGUAAAAAUCUCUAUGAUACUCAAGUAGAAGCAGAAAAACAUGCUUCUUUAUUACAACAUCCUAAUAUUGUUAAAAUUAUUAAAGUAGAGCAAGGUUCUGUUUGUUCAUUGAUUACCAUGGAACUCUGUAUAAUGUCGUUACAAGACAAAUUAGAUAAAAUGAAAUUACCUUUGAUUGAAAGAAUCAAAAUAUGGAGCGCAGUAGCUUCUGGUUUAGAUUUUUGUCACAAUGCAGGUAUUGUUCAUGCCGAUGUUAAACCAAAAAAUAUCUUGAUCGCACCUGAUGGUCAACCUAAACUUUCAGAUUUUGGAAGCUCAAUUAUCACACACAAACCAAUUGAGCGGAUUAGUUUUCGUGGAACUCCUGGGUACGUAGCACCGGAAGUGAUAAAAGGUUGUAAUCCAACAGUUAAAUCAGAUAUUUAUUCUUUAGGAAUUAUAGCAUGGCAGCUGAUCUCAAGAAAAAUUCCUUUUGCGACUCAUCAUCCGCAUACCACGCUAUAUCUUACUGGUAAAGGUGUCCGACCUGUAGAUGAUGACGUUGAUGAUGGGUGUAAUGGUACUUAUAAGAAUCUUUAUAGAAAAAGUUGGUCACAGAAUCAAGAAACUAGACCAAACCUUGACUUUAUUAUUUUUCAAUUAAAUAAUUUACUGAAGCAAAUUAAAACACCAACGUAA